AUGGCGAGCAAAAAGAUGAAUGUGCUAGUAUACUCCGGCAACGGCAGCACCACAGAGUCCGUCCGCCACUGUCUCUACACUUUACGACGCCUCCUAUCCCCUUCUUACGCUGUCAUACCCGUAACAGGCGAUACCCUCAUCAAAGAACCCUGGUUCAGCACAUGCGCCCUCCUCGUCUUCCCCGGCGGCGCCGAUCUAGGCUACUGCCGCACGCUCAACGGCGAAGGGAACCGCCGGAUUAGUCGGUAUGUAAACGCCGGUGGUUCUUACCUUGGUUUUUGCGCCGGAGGGUAUUACGGUAGCAGUAGAUGUGAGUUCGAAGUCAACGACCCCAAAAUGGCCGUUGAAGGAGAGAGGGAAUUGGGGUUCUUCCCUGGGACGUGUAGGGGACUGGCGUUUGAGGGGUUCAAGUAUGCGAGUGAAGCUGGGGCGAGGGCGGCGGAGAUUAAGAUUGAGAAAAGUGCUUUUGAGGGGGUGGAUGAGGGGGUGGGAGAUGUGUUCAAGAGCUAUUAUAAUGGUGGGGGUGUUUUUGUUGAUGCGGGGAAGAUGGAGAGUAGGGGGGUGCAGAUCUUGGCGAGUUAUACGGAGGACUUGCAUGUUGAUAGUGGGGAGGGGAAGGCGGCUGUCGUGUAUAGGAAGGUGGGUGAGGGGCAUGCGGUUGUUACUGGGCCGCAUCCUGACUUACCUUCAUAUGCUACCGUCAUCAGCGACAUCGCAGCCACAGAUGCCACUCGACUUGACUUCAUGCGCUUGAUCCUCCGCAAACUUGGGCUGCAGGUCAACGAGCAGGAACAAGCGGUACCGUCCCUUUCCCGUCUGCAUCUCACCGCUCAUAACCUAUCAGACGUCGCUGACCUCGUCGCUACGUGGAGUGAAAUCAUCACUGUAGUUGAUGGCGAUGAGUAUAUUAAGGGCGAGAACGAUGUGUUUCGCAUCGAGAAGGAGGGUAGUGCAUGGAGCGUCAAGGAGUUGAAGAGGGCUGUUAGCGCUGUGUCGGAGAAGCUGCCUACUCUUGCUUCUGUUACGAACAGUAGUAAGGAAGGUGUUGAAGAGCAAAGCCACGAGAAGGAGAACGACAAGAAGAAGAAGCCCAAAACACCAGAGGAAGAAAUACAGGAGUGCAUCACAUACACAUCCACCACCUCCCCCGACCAAAUCGUAUCCUACGAAAAGAUCGUCAAAGUCAUAAUCCCCCACUCGAAAGCCCUCCCAUCAGCCGAAGAAACCCCCUUCCACCACGAAGCCUUCUACGCAAACCUCCACCACUACCACACCAAGCUGCGCAACCCAGACGCCUCCUUCGGCAAACACCUCAUUUACGGCGAAGUCGUAACAUCCACCAACACGCUCCUCGAGAAGAACCCGUCCUUAUUACGCAGCCUCCCCAACGGCUUCACCAUAACAGCAACCACGCAAAUCGCGGGGCGCGGAAGAGGGAAUAACGUCUGGAUCGCUCCACCCGGCGCAUUGAUGUUCAGUACCGUGUUGCACCAUUCCUUCACGCUGAGUCAGAGCGCGCCGGUGGUGUUUAUACAGUAUCUUGCUGCGCUGGCUAUUGUACAGGGUAUACAAAACUACGCUCCGGGCUACGAAAAGAUAUAUGUUAAACUGAAGUGGCCAAAUGACAUAUACGCGCAAUUACCUGGGUCUUCUAACAACCCCGUUGUCAAAAUCGGAGGCAUUCUGGUGAAUAGCAGUUAUUCGGGGAGUACGUAUGAUGUCGUCACAGGCAUUGGACUCAAUCUGAGUAAUGCGGCGCCGACUACGAGUCUAAAUCUCCUGGCUAAGAGUUUGAACCCCCCGCUUAAAGACUUCACCCCCGAAAAACUGCUCGCAUCCAUCCUCGCACACUUCGAAACCCUCUACUCCACGUUCACGCAAGCUGGUUUUACAAGGGAGAUGGAAGAAUUCUACUACGCCAACUGGCUACACACAGAUCAGCUUGUUACGCUGGAAAGUGUGGAUGGGGUGGAGACGGGGACGAAGGCGAGGAUUAAGGGGAUUACAAGGGAUUGGGGGUUGCUGCUGGCGGAGGAAGUCAGGGAGGUGGAUGGGCGGGGGACGGGGAGAGUGGUACAGGUGCAGAGUGAUGGGAAUAGCUUUGAUUUUUUUAGGGGGUUGGUUAGGCGGAAGGUCUGA